GCAGCGCCUCUCACUGCACUCCAAAGUCCUGGCAAGGAAAGCGGAGAGACGAUUUCCACAGAGGAGGCUGCUCACUACACACCGCACACUACACACUGCUCAUCCCCUGCCCUCACACAGGACCACUAUGUUCACAUAACGACUGCCCACCUGUGACCACCCUCAUUACACCUGACUCCCGGACAUGUGUGGAUGCUGAAUGAAUAAAGUGCUCCAUUGUCGCUCUAGUGUGUGACACUGACUACCUGGACAUGGCUACACGGGGCUCCGCUUGGCUCGUACUGUGCUGGGCAUGCAGCAGCUGCUUGUGUCUUGGAGAAGUGUGGAAGGAAGGAGUGCUGGCCAUCAGGAGCCAGGCGGGGGCAGCUGAGGCUGUGCUACCUGUGGGGGACACCGUGUCCGAACAUAUGCUAAGACUCUAUGAUAAGUACCGAGGAGGAGGAGGAGGAGGAGGGAGAAGGGGCAGAGACAGCUCCCGCCAUCAACUUACCCUCAAGGACGGCAACACCGUGCGGAGCUUCAAACCCCUCACUGGGAGCUUUGAAGAUAUUAAUCAGCAUAUUUUCAAUUUAACAUCACUAACAUCUUCGGAAAAUAUAUUGUCAGCUACAUUUCAUUAUUAUCUUGGAGAUAUUUUAAACAUCAGUCAGCGAUGCCAACAUUCAUCAUCUUGCUCCAGGCGUGGACACAGAAAACCUGAACUAUCCAUAGAUUUGAAAGUGUCCAGUUUAACAUCUCUUGAGAACCAAACAAGAAUCUUGGGGAAUUUUCUUAUAAACAUUUCUACAACCUACCGAGACCUUCCAUCUUGGCAUUGGAAGGAUAUCACUCAAGUCUUGCGUGAAGCCAAACAACAUGGAGAGGCCCUCAUUGCAAUCAAUAUGACAGUUGAUACCGCAAAUAAACGAAGGAAACAGCUACUAGGUCAUAAGCCUUAUAUCCUGGUUUAUGCCAACGAUUCUGCUAUAUCUGAGCCAGACACUGUGGUUUCCAACUUACAUGGACAACGUGCUAGUAUAGUUCAUAAAAAACAAAGAAAGGAAGGCCUUAUUGAUCACAGGAGUAGACGGUCAACUGAUAUUUUGUUGCCGCUCCAAAACAAUGAGCUACCAGGAGCUGAGUACCAGUACAAUGAAGAUGAAGAAAGAUGGGUGGAGAAGAAACCUUACAAAACUCUUCAAGUACGGCCAGCCGAAAAGGAGAAGUCUAAUAAAAAGCUAAGGAAAAGUGGACGGCAGAAAGGCCAAACACUGCAAUUUGAUGAACACACCCUGAAAAAAGCUAGAAGAAAGCAGUGGAAUGAGCCACGGAACUGUGCUCGGCGUUAUCUUAAAGUAGACUUUGCAGACAUCGGCUGGAGUGAAUGGAUUAUUUCUCCCAAAUCCUUUGAUGCAUAUUAUUGCUCAGGUGCAUGCCAGUUCCCAAUGCCAAAGUCAUUGAAGCCAUCCAACCAUGCCACCAUCCAGAGCAUCGUACGUGCUGUGGGUGUGGUACCCGGCAUUCCUGAACCAUGUUGCGUCCCAGAAAAGAUGUCGUCUCUCAGCAUUCUGUUCUUUGAUGAAAACAAGAACGUCGUGCUCAAGGUUUAUCCCAACAUGACAGUGGAGUCCUGUGCCUGCAGAUAACAGUUCAAGCCUUCAUAGCUGUUUGUAGCAAACUUCAAAUUUUGCACUUUCAGUAAAACUGUUUCCGGAAAUGUUACAGCCUAACAGAGAGCAAUGCAAAAAGAAAAAAAAAAGGCAAAAAAAACAAAGUAUAUAUUAUAUAAACACUGGGCGAUGGAUGUCUGCUGUGUUCAAUUCAUGCUGGACUUGAGUCAGUGAACUCACAGAAAACUGACACAUAGCACACAAGAAGAUAAGCUCCUGAAUCAAAUAAGCUCUAAAGAAAAUACAAGUCUUGCUACUUUUUUCAAAGACACAUUUAUUUUUGUACCGGAAAAAAAAAGACUAGACAUUUGAACAGCUGAGGCUGUAAUGUGCCUUCAGACUAUCAGCAUUCACCUGCCUAUGGUGUUCUUUUGCUAUAUAUACAGUCCUUACAUUUCUUGCGUCUGUUACACACAUCUGUUACCAUAGAAUGGACAGGAAGUUAAAUAUUUGAUGCUUGGAAGUACUGAAGGAGUAUUGCGUGUUCCUCACCACAUCAUAGCAAGUAUAAAUAGUCUGAAGACAUACAUCAUGGAAAGUGGUUUGUGACAGCAAGUUUAUGUAACAUAAUUAGAAAUUUUAUUGAUUUUUCUGUGUUUUUUUUUUUUUUUAACCAGCACUUUUUAAUAGUGUAAACAAAAGGUAUAAUGGACAUGAAAGAUUAUAAAUACAAUUGUGUAAAAUAAACAAUAUUUAAUUUUGUUAUACAGUACCACACAAAUAAAUCUGCCUGACGCUUC